AGUCGUGUGACGGUAGAACGAGGACCAUGCGGAGCCCGUUUUCCACCUUCCUGCUGGCGCUGGCCACAAUGGCCAUGUCAGUCCUGACAACUCAGGCAUUUAUGGUGCCCCGCGCACCUCUCCCUCUCAACCCUUCCUCCUCCACGCCCACGCAUCGUACCCGUGAGGCGCCCACCAUGGUCAUUUACUGAUCCAUAAAAAGUGCCUUCGACGGCGCUCUUUACGCGGCGGGCGUGAAGGACGAAUUCCAAGGCACAGGUGUGUGGAGCGGCAUUAAAAUGAAGCGGGAGAAAAAAGAAGACACGGGCGAGGAACAAGACCAGAGCAGCCCGACGCCUGCGGCCUCGGGAUCUCAAAAGGGGGCAGAACCAGCCCCGGCGCCCAAGAAGACGAGGAAAGAGGACAGAUAAGAAAGGCGGCCUGUUCUUCCCGCCGUUUUAAAGGCAGGAAGACGCCGACGUCGACAUAGUUCCUGUGGCGGGCAUUUGAAGGACGCGGGUCUGCUUCUUCUUUGCCUGGUCGACGCCCCUGUUUCCCUCCCUCUCUCCUUCCUCGCUCGACCCCCCGGCUCCCCGGCCCUCGGUGUGUCGGGGUCCUUGUUGGACGGAUUGGAUAAUGACGGUCACUUCUCGCCUUCAAAUCUUUGUAUGACGCUUUCCCCAUCCCCCUCGGUACACUUCCCUGCCUUUUUCUCGAUUUCCAUCUUUCUGCUCCCCUGCCCUGACUCCCCUCUUCCCCCCUUCCCUCCUCAUCAUCUUGGGCUGGAUCGCCACCCGCGGAUGAUGGAGGAGGGGAAGGGAGGGAGAGGGGGGGAAGGAAGGAGGGAAGCAGGGAGGGAAGGAGCGAAGGCGAGGAGUGGACGAGGGAGGGGAGGGGAAGGGGUCAGGGCGACGUGCCUGAAGCCUCAAUCGACAAGCAGGAUCCCGGGCACCGACGGCGGGGGAAGGUCGGGACCGGGCGCCUGGGAGGGAAACGUGUGGGUGUGUGAUGUAAUGGGAGGGAGUUACGAAGAAGUAUGGAUGUGGUGGAAGUGAGUGACGAAGCGAUAUUGUUCAGGCUGGCGGUGGCGGCAGCACAAGCAGGGAAAGAAAGUUCGAAAGAGUGGGAAAGGAUGAUGGGGAGAUAGAGAGGAGUGGCCCCACAGCAAAGGAAGGGAGAAUGAGGCAUGACGCCCCUCAUGGGGGGAAGGUGCUCAAGCCGCGACGAG